AUGGAUCCUACUAAGCGCCAUCCAUUGGCCGUGGGCCUGCCAAUUCUGUCAUUCUUCUCUAUCACUCUCGGCAUCCCGCCGCUGCUUCUACAUGCAAAGAACCGCAAUUUCCCUGCAACAAGUCUGGUAUCCUGGUCAAUUCUGCUCAACCUUUUUAACAUCAUCAAUGCCUUGACUUGGCCAAACGACGACGUGGACUCCUGGUGGGAUGGUGCCGGCCUCUGCGAUAUCGAACUCAAGUUCAUGGUUGCCGGCUAUGUCGGUGUCCCAGGAUCCCUGAUGUGCAUCUUCCGUUCUCUAGCAAUUGUCCUGGACACUGAUCGGGCGACGUUGGUCCCAAGCAAGGGCCAACGCUGGCGCAAUCGAUUCAUGGACAUGUUGUUCUGCGUGGUGGUCCCAGUCAUUGCAAUGAUCACCCACAUCGUCUGGCAGAAGAGUCGAUACUUGCUAUACUCCAUCUCAGGAUGUGUAAAUGACUUUGACGAGAGCUGGGUCAGCCUCGUACUGGCAUUCAUCUGGCCACCGGUAAUCUGCCUCGCCGCAGCGUACUACUGCUGUCUGGUCCUCUUGCGCAUCCACAAAUACCGCAGCGACUUCGCAAGCAUCGUCCGCGCCUCCAGCAGCAACCUCAGUAAAUCGCGCUUCCUUCGCCUCUUCUUCCUAGCCCUCUCAAUGUUAAUCUGCAUCCUCCCACUGCAAGCCUACGUCGUCUACGCAGACAUCCACCUCUCCUUCCCCUGGCACCCCUACUCCUGGAAUAGAAUCCACAAUGGAAACUGGUCCACAAUCAACAAAGUCGCCACCUACGGCGUCGUCUUCUUCGACCGCUGGACCCCCGUCGCAUCGGGCUUCAUGAUCUUCAUCUUCUUCGGCUUCGGCCGUGACGCUGCCCGCAUGUAUCGCACUACCUGCUGGUAUCUAGGGUUGGGAUAUUGUUUCCCCAGUAUCACCGCGCCGGCAGAUUCAAACGCCACCCCGCUCCACCCCCAUACCAAUGGCCAUGUCUCUACAUCUACAACCCUCGUCGAGACGAUUAGCUCCAAGGCGAGGUCUUUCUUCUCCAGACCUAAGAGCAGGAACAUGCAUCAGCAUCAACGUGAACACCAACAGCAUAUGGGUGUAUUCAAUUCAACACGCGCUACCUACAACGACCUCGAAAAGGGUGGGGCGCAGCCAUCCCAUCUGACUUCCGCCCAUAGUACAUGCAGUACCCACGAACCAGCCAAGAAGACCUUCUGUGAUAAGUUCCCAUUCUCUCUGUUCCGUCGUCAGUCUGCCAGGCACGAAUCUGAUGCGACUUUGCUGGACGAUCUCUCUGUUCCGUCGCACUCGCGUACUGUUUUAACCAAUGCCUGGGCUGGAAGUUCGCGUGGUAGUCGGGAUUACUCGGCUGGGCCUUCGUCUGCUUCCUCGCCGCCGCCGCAUCAGCAGAGUUACAUUCAUGUUAAGAAGGUUAUUAGCCAGCAGAGUGAGAUUCAGGUUUGA